AUGUCUACCAAAAUCCACCGGUCGCCUUACCAAGAUCUCGAUAUCAUCUCCGAGGAUCUGAUCACAUAUCUCUUCUCCAACCCGUUGAAUACACCCCAAGAUCGACCCAUCUACAUCGAUGCUUUGUCAGAAAAAAAAUACACAUUUAGCGAUGUCAUUCAGCGCACUCGAUCAUUAGCCCAUGGACUCCAGCAGACUUUUGGUGUUCGGAAAGACGAUGUGGUCGCCUUAUUCAGUCCCAACUCAAUUGAAUACCCGAUUGCAUGCUUUUCAAUCGUGGGCUCAGGUUGUGUUCUUGCGCCCACCAGCGCCGCGUUGACAGCUCUUGAACUGAAUGCUCAAUUGAAGACAAGCGGAGCGCGGUUCCUUAUCGUGCACUCAUCCUUACUUGAAACCGCUCGGAAAGCAGCCAAGGGUACUAUUGUUGAGAAGAUCAUUCUCCUAGACGGCGCUUCCCCUGUGGAUGGCCAGUCAACAUGCGAGUACAUCGCUAGUACAUUCGCACCAGGUGCACUCACCACAGUUUCCUCUACCGAGGUGACCCGGAAACCGACUUUUAUUUGCUUUUCUUCGGGAACGUCGGGCCCUGCAAAGGGUGUCAUCUCCACACAUCAGAACAUCACUGCCAAUCUACAACAAUGGCGGGCUCUUGUUCUUGGAACUGGGUCUCCAUCUCAAAGACCUCAGCGUAAGACUGCUAUUGCCUUCCUUCCGUUCAGUCACAUCUACGGACUCAAUCUGUUUAUGUGUCAGUGCAUGAUCUGGGGGACUUCAGUUAUUGUCAUGUCCAAGUUCGAUCUCGACACCUACUUGCGCUGCAUUGAGAAAUAUAAGCCAGAUGAGCUUUCAGUCGUGCCCCCGAUCGCACUUUUACUUGUUAAAGAGGAACGAGUCUCUAAGUAUGACCUGAGCAGCGUGAACCGUAUUUUCUCAGCAGCGGCUCCUCUGACCAGUGAACUCUCCACUGCUUUGGAAGCCCGUUUCAAGGAUCUUUGGCACACAGAGGUGAUGUGCACACAAUCCUGGGGUCUCACCGAGACCUCUCCCUUGGCCACUGCCUUCCCCAAUGAUCGGAUGGAUAAGAGAGAAGCGAAUGUGGGAGUCAUCGCUCACAACAUGGAAUUCCGCUUUGUAGACCCGGAGUCCAUGACUGAUGUAGCCAUCAAUCCUGAUGGCUCUACUCAGCCCGGCGAGAUCUGGUGUCGUGGACCUAAUGUCACUCCGGGUUACUUCAAUAAUGAGGAAGCGACGAAUGGUGCCUUCUUUACUGAACCCGAUGGAACCAAAUGGUUUCGCACUGGUGACAUUGGAACCAUUGAUAAGGAGGGGUUUGUCACUAUUCAGGAUCGCAUCAAGGAGAUGAUCAAAUAUAAGGGUCUCCAGGUCAUUCCGAGUGAAUUAGAGGGAAAGCUUGUGGAUCAUCCUGAUAUUGAGGAUGCUGGUGUCGUUGGUAUGUGGGCUGAGGAGAGAGCUACUGAGCUCCCAGUCGCAUUUGUGGUUCUCCGUCAACAAGCCAGAUCUAAAGACCUCAAGACUGUCACAGAGGGUAUAAAUGCUUGGUUGAACCCAAAGAUCGCCAACCACAAGCGACUUCGUGGAGGGAUCUUUGUUCUAGAUCAGAUCCCUAAGAGUCCAAGUGGAAAGAUUUUGAGGCGACAACUUAAGGAUCUCCUGAAGAGCAAGAAGCCUAGAGCUCAACUGUGA